UCAAUAACAACUUUAUACGUCACCGCGAUGUCUGACAAAACGGCUGCGGCUGCCCAGUGCGUCCUGUCCCGGGCCCCAGAGUCUCGGGGCCCCUGUUCCGGGCCCCAGAGUCUCGGGGCCCCUGUUCCGUGCCCCAGAGUCUCGGGGCCCCUGUCCCGGGCCCCAGAGUCUCGGGGCCCCUGUCCCGGGCCCCAGAGUCUCGGGGCCCCUGUCCCGGGCCCCAGAGUCUCGGGGCCCCUGUCCCGGGCCCCAGAGUCUCGGGGCCCCUGUUCCGGGCCCCAGAGUCUCGGGGCCCCUGUUCCGGGCCCCAGAGUCUCGGGGCCCCUGUUCCGGGCCCCAGACUCCAGAGACAGAACCAGCGGGUUGUUGGUGAUGGAAUAUGAGGAUGGGGUGAACCUGCUAAUCUGUGAACCCCAGGCAACGUGUGACGCCACCUGGGAUCGAAGUACGCUAACACACUGAUGUUCACACACACACACACACACACACGCACAUGCACACGCACACACACAUACAUGCAUGCAUGGACAAACACACACACGCAAACACCCACACCCACAUAUACU